AUGUUUUAUUAUUAUACACAAGCAUUCAUUUAUAAUCCUCAGUUCCAAUCAAGCAACGUGUUCCGGUGUCACUUUUGCGGAAGAUCAUUUACAUGGAUCGCAAGUUUGCGUCUUCACCAAAAAAUGGCCUGUGGAAAGCCCCCGAAUUUUUACUGCUCGCUGUGCACUUACAAAUCUAAUUUUAAGGGUAAUCUAAAGCGGCAUAUGUUCAACGUCCACAAAAUAGUCCUACCCCCGGCUAUUUCCUAUCGUCAAGCCCCGGCUCCACGUGUGUCCUCACUGCGGGCAGAUGUACUCCUGGGCAUCGAACCUCAGGAAGCACCUCAAAAUGGGCUGUGGCAAGCUCAACAACACUCACUAUUCUUGCCGUUACUGCCCCUACAAAUCCAGAGUACCCGCCAGUUUCUUCAAGCAUCUCCUCUCUGUGCACAACAUCAAAAGUCCAUACUUUGCCCAGCACCGGUCCAGGGUCUCACUCUCCCCGUUAUACGUGCCAGGUAUGCAACAGACAGUAUCGUUUCAGAGGCAAUUUAA